AUGCAUCAUUUAGCAGUAAAAAGCAAUAUUCUUGAUACAGGUCCAGAGACUAGCAAGCUUGGUUUUGGAGGUAAUGAUCUCCCUGUUUGCCCUAAGCCUCGCCGACUUGGAUCAGCCAUGCCUGAAUUUCUCAAACCUCCCAGAUGCAGCAAACAAAGCCAACCAAAUUCUGAUGGAAGAAGUGAAAUUCUGAACAUGAUUGCUGAGAAGACUCUAGAUGGAAGAGAAUCUGUAUGCACAGGGUGCUCACCAUUGUGUUACUCCGGAUCUCCUCCAGGAAGAACAGAUAACCCGUUGGUUCACGACGUGCAAUUCAUUCAUCAGAUGGAGCUUUGUCACCUUUAGCGCGAACAAAGCUAUCUGAUAAGUUCGGGUUUAGGUCUACCUCUCCAAUUUGAGAUCCAAAACUACUGAAUUAUCCAACCAAGAGGAUGAAAUUGAGGCCUUCUUGCUCUGAAACUUACCAGUUUUGAGGCUCUUUUUUUGCAGCAAGUAAUAUAAUGUGUAGACUAGAAGUGAGUUUGUCUA